GUCUCGUACACACAUGUGUAAGCUGACUACCUACGUGUGUUAACAACGUCUGUGUGACCUACAUAAUCACCGAGCGGUAUUAUCGAUCGCCAGACUCAAGUUAAGUUUGAAUACACCUUCCGGGUAACAGUCCAUGGGUUUGACAGCACCGAAGUUUUCCUGAUUUAAGAAAUAUUUACCGAGUACUGCGUCCCUGUCAUAAACCAGCAGAAAUGUCAGGCAAAAAUAAAGCCAACACUACUACCAAGAAAACUGCACCUGCAGCUCCACACUGUCAGUCACCAGCUCUUAAGAGAAAUCAACACAAAGAAACAAAGUCUGAUUUAGUGGUAGAAGGUACCGCAUCACAGCCUACUACAAAAGGAGAGCAGCAUAAGAAAACGACAGCUGAUCAAGCAAAGGCCAAUUCAGUGAUUUCAGUUACCCAAUGCCAGCCUUCUACGGCGGACGCCAGGACAGAAGGUUCACCACAACCGCCUAGCCAACCUAAUGAUGGCACCAACAAAAAGGAACCUGAUCAUGCAAAGACUGAGCCGGACACAAAGCCUAUAAAAACAGAACAUACCGAUGUUCGAACACCUACUGAUAAGGCACCUUCUGAGGUAGAGAAAGCGAAGAAAUCUCACAAUCCUGAAAUUAGGGUGACAAGUGACAGCCAGCUCAAUCCAAAAGAUUUGGACUUGGGUAAAACUAUCACUGGUGUAAUGGAUGCUCUCGGCUUGCUAGACAAUAACGAAGAUGCGAUGAAAGAGUAUCAGGCAUUGUUGAAACAACAGAGGAAUUUGGAAGAACAAAUAUCAUCCGAGAAGAGGAAAUCAUGGCAGGAAAACAACGACAUGAUGAUGGAAGAAUGUGACAAGAUCGGACAGGCGGAAUUGUCAGGGUCGUUGUAUAAUUCUCUUUUGCAAUUAAAAAAAAAACAUCCCCAGCAAUCCACUAAUGCAUUAAAAGAAUUUGCAUUCAGAAAACAAUUGGUGGAACAUCUUCAGAGUUCUGUGUUACCGGAGCAACGACCGGGAGGACACGUGACACAUGUUGAUGUAGGAAAACAAUCAGCGAAUCCAGCAGAAAAGAAAGACAAUCCUCAAAAACAGCUGCACGACGGGAACGGAAAAACAAAGGAAGUAAAACAAGAUGAUAGUGAGCCAACACCAACUGAAUUGGACCAGGCCAAAAGAGGAGAGCAUCGGAGAGAUCCAGACAGAUUCAGAGUGAUAAUACCUGACGGAUACCAGCUAGUUAAAUCCGAAGAUUACGAACACAUGCAGUACGAUCUUGUGAAUCAAAGAGAAAGCAUUGAAGAGCUUACAAGCAGGUUAAGUGCCAUCGCUAGUAGCAAGCUAAAGGAGGGUAACCCUAACAUUGCUGACCUGAGUGACAAGAACCGGCCGACCAAGCUCGGGGAACACUUUGCCGCCAUGUACGAUGACCAAUGGUCAGAGGCCUUCGAGGAGAUGGGUAAGGGUAAAAAAAAAGCUGCAAGCGAGGAGGAGGACGAGGAAGAAGAGAUGAAACAAAUUGAUAAGUUGUUGGAUGUUGUCAAGGAGUCGUAUCGGUUUUGUGGAACAGAGGCUGACAAACAGCUACAAAAAAUUGCCAUGGGUAUGAAAGAUGCAGUUUCUCUACAACAAACGGCAGAACAAGUUGCUGCAAUAGACUCCAAACUGGAACAAUCAACUGAAUUAAAACAGAAACAAGACACUAAAAAAAUGUCAGGAGUAGAUAUUAAAUCUGGAACUGAAAGUACAGAUACAGCAAGUGGUCAAUCUAAACCAAAGAUUGGAUCAGACGGCGGUCAGCCUGGACAAAAACCUGGAGCAGCUGGUGGUCAGUCUGAACAAAAACCUGGAUCAGUCGGCGGUCGGCCUGGACAAAAACCUGGAGCAUCUGGUUGUCAGUCUGAACAAAAAUCUGGAGCAGCUGGUGGUCAGUCUGAACAAAAAUCUGGAGUAGCCGCUGGUCUAUCUGGGGGAAAAAGUUCUACAUUAGCAGGAUCACUAAAUACAGCAAAGCCUGCUACCCCGCCUGUUGGAGAAAAGACGGGCUCUGAUAAUGAAGUUUUAUUGCAGAAGGGAGAAACGGCAGAAGCUAGGGGGAAGUCUCCUAUGUCAGAGACUUGGCAAAUAGCCUUGAGGUGCGCACGCAGCUUCCGGAAAGAAACAGCCUUGACCGCCGUUACAGAGAUCAAACAACUUUUCAAAGACCAAUACAUCAAAAAAAUGAAGUUGGACACAUCAGCGACACUGCCGGACGCUAUGAUGAAAUACAUUGACCGCUGUGUGGAGCUGAUGUGGCUUAUGGCUGUACAGGACCCUCCCAUGGAGAUCAAAUGGGCUGACCAUGGUGAAAGAAGUGAUACUAAUUACUUCAAGUUCUACCAGUCAAAGGGUAAAAUGGUGAGGCAAUGUGUGUGGCCGGCCGUGUUUUUGAGUGCUCAUGGUGGUAUUGUCAGCAAGGGCUAUAUCAUGGGAAUGACCCCUCCUCCACCAGAACAAGCGCAGAAAAAGAAAGCAAAGUAGAGUUGCUUUGAUUUCACAAAUAGACUUAUCUGUGAAGUAAUUAACGAAUCAAUCACUAAGGAAAUCCUAUGAGGUACCUGAUGACUACAACGCAAUUGUACUAGUGGAGUUGAAAAAUGACAGAUGUAUGAUAUAACAAGUCGAACGUAACUAUUAAAACGAUUUGAAAUCAGAAUUUUAAAACAGUUGUCCCAGACAUUUAUUACAGAUGUUAUACACAUACAUUCCUCAAUCAUGUGUAUAUCGUGGUAAACAGUUGUACAUUGUAUGUUAGAGCUUAUAAAAGAGUGUUAUCAUAUGUUCAUUGGUCCUACCAUGGAAUGACUGUGUGAAUCGGAGAAAGCAUAUAUAUCUUGAUUUGCCAUAUAAUUGGAUGAUGUCUUUUUUGUUUAUUGAUUUUGUUGUUUUAUAUUUUUUAAAUUACAAAUACAAGUUAUUUUUGUGUCAUAUUUCGUUCUUCGUUUCGCGGCGUGAAAGAUGACGUUGUUUAAUAUUAACAAAUUAACAUAUUACAAAUCCCAAAAAAACGAAAUUUUAGAUAUAAAACAGGUAAAAUUUCGGAAAACUGGGAGUAGGAAGAAAAUCCGGAUAAAAACAGUACAUUAAUAAAUAAGUAAAUCAACUAACAAAAUAUCAAUUAAUUAUGGCGAUGAUAAAGAUGGAAGAUCAUUAAUUGAUUUGAUAGGUUGUUAAUGUACAAUGUAUGUCGAUAUAUAUAGUAUUGUAAAUUAAAAUAUACUAAAUGAGUGUCUCCUAUAAGUAUAAAUCUGUAUCUAUGGUCUGUAAAUAUUGAAUGAAUGUUGCAUAUUGAUUGAAAGCCCUCUUAGUUGAGGACAUUUUGUUGUAACAAUCAAUAAAAGUAUGUAUGCUUAAUUAAAUAUAAAACAUGAUAUUCCUAAAACGGAAAUACGUCUUUAUUAUAUAGAAAUUGUACCGGAAGAGCGAGUAUACUCUUCAAUACAUUAAUCCGAUUCCUAUGCAACGACUCUUCCUGAAGAGAAAUCCUUAAGUGGACAACAAAAUAAAACUGUUGUAAUUGUACUAUUCGACGUGUCUGUGAUGUUACAAUAGUUUUGUUAUUGAUCGCUUUUGGAGUAACUGAUGACGCUAUUAGUGAAAUUGAAUAGAUAGGCAUAUGUAUGAUGUAAUCUAUUGACCGUAAAUAAUGAAACAGAUUUGAAAUCAAAACAUUCAAACAACUGUCCAAGUCUUUUUCAUGCUGUGAAAUAACUGUUCGAUUUCGAGUUAACAAAUGCCAUAUGUUUGAGAGAAGCAUUGAAGACAGCACAGUUUGUUAUUAUAGAGUGUCAGCCAGCACGUUUAUAUCCAAAAGAUUAAGUUUCUAUAUAUUUGGAUAGAAUUCUUGAAAUGAAAUACUACUUUAUGAUAUAGAGUCGAAUAAUCGAGUACACUCAUUAAUGGAUAGCCGAGAUUAAAUGUAAUGGUCGCAAAACAUAAGUUGCUCCAUUUUUACUUCAUCAUGACAGACCACAAGCCAUGUAUCUAAUACAUUAAUUCGAUAGAGUGAAAUAUUUGAGAUUGAAAUUUUAAAUAGUUUACAUUUUUUCCGUUUUUCAUUUUUGUAUGAUCUUCGUAUAUAUCUGUUUUUUAGUCCAAUUAGCCGUGCAUCUUGAUAGUUAAGUUUGUUUGAAUAUUUUCGCUGAUAUAUUAUCAAAUUAGUUUCGAUAUUCUCUUAACAAUUAAAACGAAUUAGUAGUGACUGCGAUAUUGUGAUAUAUUUUCAUAACCAGGAGUUGUUAAAAUAUACUUUUAUUUAUUGAAUACUUGAUGAUCGCCGUUUAAUUCAACUCUGAUACACAUAUUAAAGGAAUUGGUGUGUAACGAAAGAAAAGCAAUAUGAAAUAAAUGUAUUCAAUUAAUAACA